GGUUUGGGGUGGAGGUAGCGCAAGCAGAGAAUGGAGCGAUGCCGUUCUAGGAGGCUUCUUACUCCUUUUGAGGCAGCUCAGCCCCGCCUCCCCCCCAAAAAAGAGAGAGAGAGAGAAAGAUGGAUGGUGUGAAGGGAUUUGUAUGGUUAUGGGUAUGGGGAACGCACGAUUAUGGGAAUUGGAAAAGAAUGGUUUGGGGGCAACUAAGCGUUUGUGUAGAUCCACCUUCUUGGCGAAGAUUGGACAUGGGUAAUGUAAGCGUGGAAAUGGCUGAAGGAUACAGAGGGAUAUGAAGAAUACAUGGUGAGAAGUAGAGAAAAAUGACAAAAAUGGAGGUGAAGACGUCGCUUCUUGACAAUAUGAUUGGGGUUGGAGAUAUGGUGCUUCUGGAGCCCCUUUCUGAGGAAUCCUUUAUCAAUAAUCUCCAACAGCGUUUUGGUCACAAUGAGAUAUAUACUUACAUUGGUAGUGUGGUGAUAUCAAUAAAUCCGUACAGAUUGCUGCCUAUUUAUUCACCGGAGAAAGUGGAAGAAUACAGAAAUAGAAACUUCUAUGAACUCAGACCUCACAUUUUCGCCCUGUCGGAUGAGGCUUAUCGAUCUCUGAGAGACCAGGAUAAAGACCAAUGUAUACUUAUAACUGGAGAGAGUGGAGCAGGAAAAACAGAGGCCAGCAAACUUGUAAUGUCUUAUGUAGCAGCUGUUUGUGGCAAGGGAGCAGAAGUUAAUCAAGUAAAAGAACAACUUUUGCAGUCCAAUCCAGUGCUUGAAGCUUUUGGAAAUGCCAAAACUGUAAGGAAUGAUAACUCCUCUAGAUUUGGAAAAUAUAUGGACAUUGAGUUUGAUUUCAAAGGUGAUCCACUUGGAGGAGUUAUAAGCAACUAUCUGUUAGAGAAGUCCCGUGUUGUUAAACAACCAAGAGGUGAAAGAAAUUUUCACAUUUUCUAUCAGAUAUUGUCUGGGGCAUCAGAAGAUCUACUCAAAAAAUUUAAACUGGAGCGUGAUUUUAGCCAAUACAACUAUUUGAGCUUGGACUCUGCAAAAGUAAAUGGAGUGGAUGAUGCUGCAAACUUCAGGACAGUUAGGAAUGCCAUGCAGAUUGUGGGAUUUAUGGACCAUGAAACACAAUCCGUUUUUGAAGUUGUAGCAGCCGUCUUAAAGUUGGGAAACAUUGAGUUCAAACCUGAAUCACGAGUGAAUGGUUUAGAUGAAAGUAAAAUCAAAGAUAAAAAUGAGCUCAAAGAAAUAUGUGAGCUGACAGGUAUUGAUCAGUCAGUUCUAGAAAGAGCCUUUAGCUUCCGUACAGUUGAAGCCAAGCAGGAGAAAGUGUCUACAACUCUAAAUGUGGCCCAGGCUUACUAUGCUCGGGAUGCUCUGGCAAAGAAUCUUUACAGUAGACUAUUUUCCUGGCUUGUGACCAGAAUCAACGAGAGCAUUAAGGCACAAACAAAAGUAAGGAAGAAAGUCAUGGGCGUUUUGGACAUCUAUGGGUUUGAAAUUUUUGAGGAUAACAGCUUUGAACAGUUCAUUAUUAACUACUGCAACGAGAAACUGCAGCAGAUUUUCAUUGAGCUCACCUUGAAGGAAGAGCAAGAAGAGUACAUACGAGAGGGUAUCGAGUGGACCCAUAUCGAAUAUUUCAACAAUGCUAUAAUUUGUGACCUAAUAGAAAACAAUCAGAAUGGAAUACUCGCUAUGCUGGAUGAAGAGUGCUUGAGGCCUGGGGCUGUAACUGAUGACACCUUCCUGGAAAAACUGAACCAAAUCUGUGCUACACACCAGCAUUUUGAGAGCAGGAUGAGCAAAUGUUCACGUUUCUUAAAUGAUACUUCCCUGCCACACUGUUGCUUCAGAAUUCAGCAUUAUGCUGGAAAGGUGAUGUACCAGGUAGAAGGAUUUGUCGACAAGAAUAAUGAUUUGCUUUACCGUGAUCUGUCCCAAGCCAUGUGGAAGGCUAACCACUCCCUCAUUAAAUCACUAUUCCCAGAAGGAAACCCUGCCAAGAUUAACUUAAAGAGACCUCCAACAGCAGGUUCACAAUUCAAGGCUUCUGUGGCAACCUUGAUGAAGAACCUGCAAACAAAAAAUCCCAACUACAUCAGGUGCAUUAAGCCCAAUGACAAAAAAGCAGCACAUACCUUCAAUGAGGCUUUAGUUUGUCAUCAGGUUCGCUACUUGGGCCUUCUGGAAAAUGUCCGUGUCAGAAGGGCAGGAUAUGCAUUCAGGCAACCUUAUGAGCCUUGCCUAGAAAGAUACAAAAUGCUCUGUAAACAGACCUGGCCACAUUGGAGAGGCCCUGCGAGAGCUGGUGUAGAAGUACUGUUCAGUGAGCUGGAAAUUCCAGAAGAGGAAUAUUCCUUGGGUAGAUCAAAAAUAUUCAUCCGCAAUCCAAGAACACUCUUCAAAUUAGAAGACCUGAGGAAACAGCGCCUUGAAGAUUUAGCGACGCUAAUCCAGAAGAUCUACAGAGGCUGGAAGUGCCGGACACAUUUCCUUCUCAUGAAGAAGAGUCAAAUUGUGAUAUCUGCCUGGUACAGGAGAUAUGCACAACAAAAGAAAUACCAACAGAUUAAGAGCUCUGCCAUCGUAGUACAGUCUUAUAUCAGGGGAUGGAAGGCUCGGAAGCUUCUUCGAGAACUGAAGCACCAGAAGCGCUGUCAAGAAGCCGUAACCACGAUUGCAGCCUACUGGCAUGGUGCUCAGGCGCGAAGGGAACUGAGGCGGCUGAAGGAGGAGGCUAGGAAUAAACUUGCUAUUGCUGUUAUUUGGGCUUACUGGCUUGGAUUUAAGGCUCGAAGGGAGUUGAAACGCUUGAAGGAGGAGGCUAGGCGCAAGCAUGCUGUUGCAGUCAUUUGGGCUUACUGGCUUGGACUAAAGGUCCGUAGAGAAUACAGGAAAUUUUUCCGUGCCAAUGCUGGAAGGAAAAUUUAUGAAUUUAUACUUCAGAAAAUUAUGCAAAAAUAUUUUUUGGAAAUGAAGAAUAAGAUGCCUUCUUUAUCACCAAUAGACAAAAACUGGCCAGCAAGGCCUUAUCUGUUCUUGGACUCAACUCAUAAGGAACUAAAGAGGAUAUUCCACCUGUGGAGGUGUAAAAAGUACAGAGACCAGUUCACGGAUCAGAAGAAGCUUGUGUAUGAAGAAAAACUGGAAGCUAGCGAACUUUUCAAGGACAAGAAAGCUUUAUAUCCAGCCAGCGUUGGGCAGCCUUUUCAAGGAGCUUACCUCGAAAUCAGCAAGAACCCCAAGUACAAGAAACUUAAAGAUGCCGUGGAGGAAAAAAUUAUUAUUGCUGAAGUAGUAAACAAAAUCAACAGGGCAAAUGGGAAGUGCACUGCUAGGAUUUUCUUGCUCACAAAAAAUAAUGUCCUUCUUGCCGAUCAGAAGUCAGGGCAAAUCAAAUCAGAAGUUCCUCUGGGGGAUGUCACUAAAGUGUCUAUGAGCUCCCAGAAUGAUGGCUUCUUUGCUGUGCAUCUCAGAGAGGGAUCUGGAGCAGCUGGAAAGGGGGACUUCCUGUUCAGCAGUGAUCAUCUUAUUGAAAUGGCUACCAAGCUUUAUCGUACUACACUCAGCCAAACCAAGCAGAAGCUCAACAUUGAAAUAUCUGAUGAGUUCCUCGUUCAGUUUAGACAAGACAAAGUGUGCGUGAAGUUUGUGCAAGGCAACCAGAAAAAUGGCAGUAUUCCAACUUGCAAGCGAAAAAACAACCGACUUCUCGAAGUUGCUGUACCUUAAUUAUAUAUUCUCUCCUACCUUACAUGGACACGUUUCUUUGUCAAGGUGCAAUUUUAGCAGUUUGUGGGGACACUGUUUGGGAGAAGGAAGGACAUUCUGCUGAUAGCUUUGGGAAACCCUUGCUAAAAGAAUCAACUAAUUUAUCGAAACACAUGUUUGACUUUGUAUGAUUGUUACGGUUAAUAUACAGGCUUUGUCUGCUGAUUACAUGUUAUAAACAGGCACUGUCUUGUUAAGCAUUUAAUUCGUUGUUCCUCACUUUUUUUUAGUGCUGUGUAUCAUAAAUCCAUAUGCUUUUUAAAAAUCCAUUCUUUCCGUUAGGCUAGAAUCCUACACUCAAUCUAUAUAGACUGUUCCAGAAAAUCUUGGAUGUUGUUUGUUGCAUCUGUUGCCUCCUGAUGGUGUUCUGUGGCAAAGCUUAGUCCAAAAGGUUAAUCAUAAACCAAGAUUGGCGAGUCUGGCAAAAUUCUGAAGCAGUUACCCGGUUAAUUGCAAACCGCAUAGAGCACUAUGUAAUUUGAUCUUUAGUGGAAUAUAGGGCAGGAAACCCUAAUUCUGCAAAGCAGAAGGAAUGUUUGACUGCAUAUGCAGCAGCUGCAUAAUUUUUUUAUUUACAGUUUAAAAAAAGAAAGAAAAACAUAGCUGUUGUUUUGCAGCAGACUUUUUAAUUGUCAGCUCUUAAUUACUUUAUAAGAGUAAGAAGCAGAAUGAGUCCAUUAAAGAGGCAACAAGCAUUUUAUGUAGUUACAGUAGCCAAUGCAGCUCAAGGUGUGUAUUCUGUUCUGUGGUGGUGGGGAGGUCCCUCUCCUAUAAAAUUAUCCUUAAAUGUUAAAACUCCAUAAUAUGCAAUUGUUUGCAUGGGGAAAAUCAAGCGCACGGUAUUUUAACUACUUGUCAAAUGAAGGGAUAGAAUUGUUUUCCAGACAUUGGCAUGUGCUGUACAAUGUGCAAUAAAGCAUUCAUCAAACUUGUGGAACAUUAUUUAUAAUAACUUCGGUGGGUAACAGAGAUGGUUGGGACAUCCUGCAUAUUUGUUGUUAAGGACUGAAACUGGUUAGGUUUGUGCUGUGUUAAUUUGAAGAGUGGCGGGCGGGUGGGGCAUUCUGGAAAUACACUGCAUUUCUCACUUCGGGGGGAAAUCAUUUUGGUGGGAGGGAUGAUGUACAUAAAUUUGAUAUUAAUGAUAAAUAAUUGUUCUAAUUCUGUGCUGUUUAGUACUCUUGUGAUAACCAUAUUUUUGUAUUUCAAUCCAUUUUAUAUACGUUUGUGUGCCUGAUAUGUAACGUGUGCACAGGAACACUUUACAAUCAAGAACUGCCUUUUAAACUUUCUGAGUACAGAUUGCAACUUAAAGCCUUGUAUAAACCAGGAGAAUUCGCUGAAAACAUUGAUUUAUGGAGUUCUGUAUUCUAGUGUUUAGACAGAAGUUAUCUAAAGAAGAUUGUUGAAUGUGACUGUUUUGAUUUUGUUGAUGUAAGGAUGGUUUUAGACUUAUUGUUUUCUCAGUCUGAUGCAAGAACUUGCCUUCAAGGAAAGGUUACUGCACAAGAUGUGCAAUGCUAAAAGCCCCAGUAUAAAUAAAGAAAAGCUUUGAAGCAAUUA